AUGGAUAGAUACAAGUUGUGGUACUCUGGGAGUGAGAAACAUCAGGAUGGAGUGGGCAUCUUAGUGGACGAAGAAGAGCUGAGAGGGAAGGGGGAUAGUGCCUUCUGUAGGAACUAUAAAGUCAUCCCAGGUGAGCAUCUUUCAACGCAGCAUAGGCAUCUGGUGAUGGACAUGAUUAUUAAGAAGAGCAAGAAGAGAAGGUUCGAGGAGGGUCAUCCUAGAAUUAAGUGGAGAGGCUUGACGCCUGUUACUGCGCUGGACAUAGGGGUAAAAGUGGCGAAAAUAGGGGUGUGGAAGUGCAGGGGAGAUGUGGAUGUUGCAUGGGAUAGGGCUGCCAGCUGCAUCAUGGAUACUGCUAGAGAAGUGUUGGGUGUUUCGAGGGGUCGGGCAGGACAGCAUAAGGAGAACUGGUGGUGGAAUGAAGAAGUUAAAAAGAAAGUGAAGAGUAAGAAGAAGGCGUAUGUUAAGUAUUUUGAGAGUAAAGAUGAAUAUGAGAAACAAAUGAAUAGGGAAGUGUACAAUGAAGCAAGGAAGGAGGCUAAGUUAGCAGUUAUGGCUGCUAAGACAACAAUGUUUGAAAGCCUAUAUGCGGGGUUAGGGGAGAAAGACCGGGAAAAGAGACUGUAUAGGCUGGCUAAAGCUAGGGAGCAAAAGGGUCGUGACCUCAAUCAAGUGAAGUGUAUUAGGGGGGAUGGGAGAGUUUUGGUAGAGGACGUCCAGAUUAAUAAGAGUUGA